AUGAAUUCAUCAUUUUCUUCAGAUCUUUGCUCGUCAUCAAAUGAAUCAAAUAAUGAUACUAAUGCACAAUGUGAAGUUAAACUAUCAAUCGAUCUUAAUAAUAAUUUAGUCAAUGGAUCAUUUGAUUUUAAUAUAAAACCAUUAUGGCAGCACAAUGAGCUUGAAAUUAUAACAUUCUUCUCGCUCACUGAUACUUCAGUAAAAAUUGACAUCAAUUAUACAUGUUCAAUAUCUGAUAAUUGUGAUAUCGAAUUCGUACGUCAAACAUUAACGUCAAAAUUGGCUUCAUUGCAAUUAGAAUCUGUUCGACAAACACUUGCUAAUCGUCUUUAUAAUUCAACGAAUACUCGUUACAUCCUGUGUUCAAACAAAGGCUUCUGUUCACCAAAUACUAGCUUCUGUCAUGGUAUGUAUACGCGUCAGAAUGCUACUUAUAGUGAUCAAGAGGAUGUUAGAAGGGGAUGUCUUCUAUCAAUCGAUUCGCUGAAUGUAACUUGGACUCAGACGUACACGCCUUAUACAAGAUAUGGUCUGAUAAAUACUGGUUCAUAUUAUUGUAACAUUCCGAUGUGUGCAUCAGAUAGUGUAAUUCUUGAAACUUUUCAAUGGUUAACUAUUAACUAUACUUUGCCUGUAAAUGUAUCAGUACUUGAUAUAAUAACUCCUCAUCCACCGACAACAACAACUACUACUAUUUCAACAACAACAACAACUCCAAACCAUGGUUCAUAUUUAUUUGGACAUAUUAGCAUUGCUGUUCUAUAUUUUGUAAUAACUCUUUUUUUCAUAUAA